UAUGGGGCGAAGAAUCAAAUUUUGUCUAUAAAUCUGUGCUGAAAUGGAUUCAUCAAUAUCAUUUCUCAUGAACAUGGAAACCGUAGCUAGUUUUGGACCAACACCUAAAUCUCAUCUCUCUCUUCGCUCUCGCUCUAAUUUGAUCUCAGUAUGCAAACUCUCUCGCUUUCCCCUCAUAUCAUUUUCUGGUAAGCCUGGAAAGCCUGUUAGGUUGAAGGCCUCUCCAUCUCAUAUAGGUGAUGUUAAAGAAAAUACUCGGACGUUUAAGGAGAUUCCACCUUCUCCAUGGCCUCAUCACUUCCUCUCUGUUCAUGUGGAUGCCUCGGAAAUGGACAUGCUUGGGAAAGAGAUCGAGGCACUAAAGCCAAUAGUGGGCGGCAUGCUCAUGUCUUCCCAAUGUGUUGACUCGAUUAAGAAUAGAAUCAUUUUGAUCUAUUUGCUGGUGUGCCUCGGUCUGAUGUAUCUUUUCGAGGAUGAGAUCGAGGAGAGUCUAAAAGUGGAUUUUGAAAAUAUAGAGGAUAUAUUGGCCGGUGAACAUGAUUUGUGCACGGUUUCCACCAUCUUCUGGGUUUUCAGAAAGUACGGUUAUAACAUGUCUUCCGACGUGUUUAAGAGAUUCAAAGGCGAAAACGGAAAGUUUAAGGAAUGUCUUAGCGGGGAUGCCAAGGGCAUGGUCAGCUUGUAUGAAGCCGCUCACUUGGGCACACCAACAGACUAUAUUUUGGAUGAAGCAUUGAGAUUCACGACGAGCAACUUGAAGACGUUAGCUACAGCUGGAGCAAGUCCUUCCCAUAUCUCAGUGCGUAUACGAAAUGCUCUUCGCAUGCCUCAGCAUUACAAUGUCGAAAUGGUAUUCACUAGGGAAUACAUUUCAUUCUAUGAACAAGAAGAGGAUCACAACGAGAUGCUACUCAGAUUUUCUAAGAUAAAUUUCAAGUUCCUGCAGCUAAACUGGAUUCAAGAACUUAAAACUCUUAGCAAAUGGUGGAAGCAGCAAGAGCUUGUGUCUAAACUCCCACCUUUUUUCAGAGACAGAACGGUCGAGUGCUAUUUAUAUGCAGUGCUCGUAUAUUUCGAGCCACGAUUUUCACGUGGUAGAGCUGCAUUUGGUUAUUUCGGUGACCUCCUCACCGUAAUUGACGACACGUGUGAUAGAUAUGGGUCUGUUUCUGAAAUUACAGAUCUUGUUCAUUGCGUGGAGAGGUGGGAUCUAGAUUGCUUGGAAAGUUUACCAGAUUUUAUGAAAACUGUCUUCAAGUUUACUUGGAAUGUUUUCGAGAAGUGUCAAAGUGAUGGCAGAUCUGAAGAAGGAUUGUCAUACAAUGUGCAAAGUUUCCUUGAAGAGUUCAAGAAAUUUAUGAGAGCUAACCUUUCCUACGCCAAAUGGGCACAAUCAGACGUGGUGCCAACAUUCGAUGAAUUCUUGGCGGUUGGGGGAGCCGAAGUGACGAUGUAUGUAUCUAUAGCAUGCGUUUUUCUAGGGCUACGAAAAAAUGCUAGGGAAGAAGCUUAUGAGUGGCUAAAAUCCAGACCGAAAUUAGUUGUGGCUCAGGCUGCAAGGGGUCGGCUUAUGAAUGACAUGACUGGCUUCAAGGAUGACAUGAGCAGAGGGUAUAAAGCGAAUGCCAUCAACUAUUAUAUGAGUCUGUACGGAGUUACCGAGGAGGAAGCAUUCGUGGAGCUUAAGAAAAUGGUUAGGGACUUGGAUAAACAGAUAAACGAGGAGAUAUUGUUGGAAACAAAGACAGUGCCACGCGAAACCCUAAAACGAGCUACAGGAUUUGGGAAAAUGGUAGUUUACAGCUACAGAAACGGGGACGAAAAUUUCACUUUUCCAGAAGGGACAUUCAAAGAUCAUAUCACCUCUCUGUUCGUUGAUCUCAUUCGUCUUUGAAGAAUAAUUAGACUACUUUUUCUUUAUUUCAGCUGUAUCGUCAAUAUGUGGUUCUUGGCAUCUGUUGCACCGCAUCUUUUUGAACACAUCGUUGGUGUUUGGCGUGUUCUCCAAAGUCUUGAGUUGUCUUCUAUAUUUCAUUCUUCUAUUAAGAAUUUGUUUUUGUUUUCCUUUUCGAUAAAUUUUUUUGUUAAAACAAGAAAAUCAGCUAUAUGAAUACGUAAUUAAUAGUUGUAGGUUUUGAAGAACAAAUCUUUAUUAAGAGUUUAAAGGCAUAGUGAUUAUAAAGGAUGGGUGUUCUUCUGCUCUGUAGAGAUUAUGAAUUGAUCUUUGAGCUGUUCAAAGUCUUCUAUUUGUAGGAAUGAAA